CCCGCCUGCCGUUUGAAGGAGGUGAGGGGGCGGAGAGGAGCACCCGCCGGCAAAGACAAAAGUCAGUGGGCUGUGGUUGGGAUUCUAGGCCGCAUUAGCAUAUUGAAAGUGCCAAUAUCCAUAUGCUAAUGUGCACCUAUAGGAUAUUUCAGCUCAGCCCUGCGCCCCUGCUCUGACAAUCCCACUCCAUGCCGGGUGCUCAGGCAGUUGAGGUUAAACCAGACACUGGCUCAGAGAGCAUGCUGGGUGCCCAAAUACCAAUGAAGCACGCACUGGACUGGGAUUCAGGAGAUGUAGGUUCUAGUCCCUGCUCUAGCACUGCCCUGCUGUGUGACCUUGGGCAAACUGCUUCCUUGGUCUGUGCCUCAGUUUCCCCCUUCCCUUUGUCCGUCUUGUCUAUUUAGCUUGUGAGCUCAGGGAGGCAGAGUCUGUCUUUCCCUCUGUGUUCAUGCAGAACCCUGCACAACAGGAUCUGAUCUCAGCUGGGAUCUCUAGGUUUUACCAUUAUACUGAUGAUCACUUAAACCCCAAAAGGGAGGUCCCAGCGACUGUUUGCCCCUGUCUGAGCUUUUGAAAAUGUUGACCCUGCUAGUUUAUUUUUUAACUCUCCAAAUCAUGUGCUGUAGGGUCUGGGAAGGGAAGGAAAAACACCUGAUUUUAGUGUUCCGGGGCUGGGCACUGAAAAUCAGCCUGCAGCCGUAGUUAACAUCCCUAGUUUGAUACAGUCACAGUAAUAGUGAAACAAGAGGUCCUGCCAUUUCCCCAUUCACAGGCCCAUGUGACGAGCCUGGCAGGGCAAACCAAAGUUGUUAUUCUUGGCAUUCAGUCAGAGCAGGAAGGGUGUUAGGGUUCGCUCAGGAGCCAACCUUGGGAGGAGAAUUCAGGGGAAUUCUUGCUGCCUGCUGAUCAGUUCAGGAUUCCUGCCUAGAAAUCUCCACUGGGCGAACUCCCGUCAGCUGAGCAGAAUGAAGCUGUUGGCUUGUAUCAUCUUGGCCUCUCUUGCUGCUGCUGCAACUGCACAUCUACACACAGACCCGACGCUGGAUAACCACUGGGAGCUCUGGAAGAAAACCUAUGGCAAACAAUACAGCCGCAAGAAAGAGGAAGGGGAACGGCGCGUGACCUGGGAAAAAAACCUCAAGCUCGUUAUGCUGCAUAACCUCGAGCACUCACUGGGGCUGCAUUCCUAUGAGCUGGGCAUGAACCACCUGGCAGACAUGAACGGAACGUGUCACUAUAACCCUGCCACACGAGCCGCCACCUGCUCCAAGUUCGUUGAGCUCCCGUAUGCCGAUGAAGCAGCCCUGAAGGAUGCCGUAGCCAAUAUCGGACCUGUGUCCGUCGCCAUAGAUGCGAAACAGCCUUCGUUUUUCCUGUACAGAUCAGGAGUCUACGAUGAUCCACGAUGCACUGGUGACACGAAUCAUGCGGUUCUAGCUAUCGGCUAUGGCACCCUGGACGGGAAGGACUUUUGGCUUGUGAAAAACAGCUGGGGUGAAUAUUUCGGUGACAAAGGAUACAUUCGAAUGUCCAGGAACAAAGGAAACCACUGUGGGAUUGCCAGCUACGGUUCUUAUCCACAAAUAUAGAGGGACGCUCUGCUUCAGACUGCACUCUGGAGAUGUGGCCUCUUAAACUGCUAAUCUUAGCCUUGCUGUAAUCUAACUGCUCUGUUUGAGAACAAUGUACGGGCUCUAAUGGCAAAAUCCUCCCAUCAGAUCCAUCUGACGGAUCUGAGACAAGCAGCUGAAAUGAUGAAUGAUCAUAAUUGGUCUGGUCCAGAAUUUGGUCACUUUUAGCUAAUUCUCCCUAUCCCACAGGGGUGUUUGUAAUUGAUUAAUGUCUAUGCAUUGCUUUGCGCAUGUGAAGUGCUAUUUCAAUGCCAAGUAUUGUCACUGCCGCUGUCUCAAAAUGUGUUGGAGUGAAGGCCGUGUCACACGGAUAAAGCUAGUCCAUGCGGUAGAGUUGCUGAAGCUACCUCAGAGGUGGAGAGGCGAAGAAGAUGGAGCAACACAUCCUAGCCACAUGUAUCAAUUUUCCACAAUACAGGUCACAAAGCAAUCAUUAGCAACCUAGGAGAUCAAGCAAACUAUGGACAUUCCUUGGAGGGGGGAAUGUGUUUUCCAAGGCUACACAAAAUU